GCGCGGGGCCGGGGGCCUCGGGCGGGGGAGACAUGAGUGGGGCCGCGGGGACCAGAAACGCUCCAACUGCAGCGAGCCCGGGAAGGCGGCGCACCGCCGGCCGCUGGAGAAGGCCGCGGCGGCCGGCCAGAAGCUGCACCUCGCGGCUCCCCAGCUGCUCCACCGGCAGGUGAAGGUGGGGAGGCGGCGGCGCUCCCAAACCCUCAACGGCUCCCCGACGGAAGGGCGCGCGGACGGGGGCCCCUCCCGCCGCGGAGGGCAGAGAGCGGCCAAUCGGAAGACCCGGCGGAGGCCGGCCCAGCCCUGGACGCGUAAAGGCGAAGGGGAGAGAUUGAAAAAUUCUACGGUUUCUGAUCUCCUGCGGCCUCUUCUUGCCCCGCGCCGCGCAGGCCUUGGCGGCCGAGGCCGGCGUAGCCCCCAGUCGCUCCUUCAUGGGCUUUACUGCGCCCUUCACCAACAAGCGAAAGGCCUACUCGGAGCGCAGGAUCAUGGGGUGAGCGUCUUGUUCUCCCCUCUUUAUUAACCGUACUUGGGAUGUAACGUGAGGGUACCAGUAGUGGGCAGGAUUCAUCCCUGACCACCCCUCUUCUGAGCUGUAUUAUUGAUCCUUUUUAUCUCCCCCGCCAGCCUUCCAGCCCUCCUUACUGGGCAUGUGCAUUAAGUGAAACCGCAGACAAAUGCGAAGACCGUAGGGCAUUACUUCUCCGAUUGCCUCUGUCCACCUCAGUACUUCGGAACUGAGCCCAGGACCUUCACACUGAGCUAUAUUCCAGGUCUUUUUACCUUUUAGAAUUUUGAGAUAGGGUGUAAGUUGCCAGGUCGCCCAGCCUGAGCUCUAGUUUGCUUCCCUCCUGCCUCAGCCUCCCAGAGUGCUGAGAUUUCGGGUGUGUACCACAGUGCCUACUGUUUUUGUUUGUUUCAUUUUGUUUUGUUGUUUUCAUACUGGGGAUGGUGCUUGCUUCGACAACACAUAUAGGUACUGGGGACAGAACUCAAGACUUUGCACUGAGCUUUGCCCCUGCCCUUUGAGACAAGGUCUAUGAUCUCCAGCCUGG